AUGCUUUUAAAUACAAGGGCAACGGCUGUUUACAAACCGCCGCAGUCAUCGACACGUCUACGCUCCAACACCGCAGCCACCGCAGUCGCCGCCGUCUCCUGCAACAGGUCGUGGAGCGGCCGUGACGACGACAGCGGGGUGCAGGUGGGCAUCUACGGGUGGCGCAAGCGCUGCCUCUACCUCCUCAUCCUCGGGCUGCUCGUCGUCGUCAUCGUCAACUUAGCCCUCACCCUCUGGUUGCUGAGAGACGGCAUGGGGCAGCUGCGCAUCGUGGCGGGCGGCGUGCAGCUGCGCGGGCAGGCGCUGGUGCUGGACGCGCUGUUGGCCUCCAGCAUCCGCUCGCGCCGCGGGCAGCCCAUCUCGGUGGAGUCGGCGAGGAACUUCACGGCGACGGCGCGCGACGCCCGCGGCCGCGUCGCCUCGCGCCUCGUGCUC